GGGAUUUGAGUAGAACAAAGAAGAUAUGAAAAGAUCGUUUAUUUUUGGAGUUACAAGCUUGUUAUGUUUUUUAUUUUUUUCUUUAAGUGAUUUGAUAAUGUCAGUAAACGGAGUAGUUCUUGCUAUUGAUUAUGGAAAAGAAUGGAUUAAAGGAGCAAUUGUAAAGCAUGGAAUUCCUAUAGAAAUAGUCCUUACGAGAGAUUCUAAACGAAAGGAUAUGAGUGUUAUUGCGUUUAAUGGGGAUGAACGCUUUUAUGGUACUCGUGCGGCAGAUUUGUUGCUUAGGAAUCAAUCGUCAGUUUUUCCGUCACUUAAGUCGUUAAUUGGGAAGUCAUAUGAUUCUCGAGAAGUUAGAGAAUAUUUAUCUUUACAUAAGAAUAUUGAGCUUGUUCCUAGUAGUAAAGGAUCAGGUGUAGCGUUUGUACAAGAUAAUAGAACGUUUACUGUUGAAGAAUUGACAGCGAUGAUUUUUGAAAAUUAUAAGACAAUGGCAGAGGAUAUUGCGGGUCAAAAGAUAACAGAUGUUGUUAUAACUGUUCCAUCAUUUUUUACAGAAAUCGAGCGACAUGCCAUAUUAGAUGCAGCAGAAAUAGCGGGUUUAAAUGUCCUUUCUCUUGUAAAUGAAGGAUAUGCAAUUGCGAUGAAUUAUGCUACAACUCGCAUAUUUAGUAAUGAAUCUCAAUAUCAUAUUUUUUAUGAUAUGGGUGCUGGAAGCACUACUGCUACUUAUGUUUCUUUUAAAACUCUCACUCUUCUUAAUAAUAAAACUCUUACGCUUUUGAAAGUUCUAGGUGUUGGAUAUAACAGGUACUUUGGGGGAGAUACUAUUACAUGGAAACUUUUAGAGUAUCUAUUGCAAGAUUUUGAAAUCUCAAAAAGGUCAUAUAUGAGGGAUUCCAUAAGAUCAAAUUCAAGAGCAAUUAUUAAGUUAUUUCAUGAGUCAUCUCGAAUAAAACAAAUUCUUAGUAUAAAUUCUGAAGCUCAUGUAAUGAUCGAGAAUCUCCAUGAGGGUAUUGAUUAUAAUAUUAAAGUGAGUCGAGAUAUAUUUGAAGGAUUGUUACAAGGAUUAGCUGAUGACAUAAAAAAACCGAUCAUUGAUGCUGUUUCAAUGACAUCGAAGCCUAUUAGAUUUGUAAAUUCAGUUGUAUUAGCUGGUGGUGGUGCAAGAGUUCCUUUUGUUCAGAAAGAAAUAGAGGCUUUAGUCGGACCCAAAAAAGUUGCAAGAAGUGUAAAUGCAGAUGAAGCUGCGGUAUUGGGUGCUGUUUUUCGUGGGGCCGGAUUGUCAGGACGGUUUCGUGUAAAAAAUAUUAAAUCAACAGAUAUUAAUUUGAAUUCUAUUUUUAUAAGUUAUCCUGAUGUAGAUGAUGCUUCUAAAAUUGUUACACAUUCUUUAUUUUUAAAAGGCUCGGAAUUAAAUAAGAACAAGACUGUUACUUUUUCUCUUUUAAGUGAUUUUGAUGUUGUUUUUUCGCAUGUAGUUGGUUUUAAACUUCCAGGAACAGUGUUUGCUACUCUUAAAAUAAGUGGAUUUAAUGACUCCAUUAAUUUUUUGAAAAAUCAGUAUGGUGAUGAUUAUUGCGAAAAUAUUAUUACAUCUAUUACGUUUAGACUUGAUUUUUCGGGCUUGAUUACUGUGAAACGUGCUUUUGUAGAAUGUAGAUCUAAAAUAGGGGAUACCUCAGAACUUCUCAGAGAGUCUCAUAAAGAAUAUGAACGAAAAUUAUUUGAAGAAUAUAAUCAUGUUGAAUAUUAUGAUUCUUAUGAAUCUACGGAUGAUGAUGCAGAAGAUAAUAAUAGGACAAUGCCUUUGGAUUUUGAGAUUUUAUAUACUAGUUUAAAUCCUCAAGAUAAAGCUUUUAAAGUGGCUUCUAGAAAUAUGCUACUUGAUUUAAAGGAAAUAGAUAAAAAAAGAAUUGUUCGUGAUGAAGCAAGGAACGUUCUUGAAGCCUAUGUUUAUAAUGUUCAGGAGCUUCUUGAAAUUGAUGAAUUUAUAGCUUUCAGUACUAAAGAGCAACGUGAAGAAUUGUUGAAUACUGUUAAAAGCGUAGCUGAAUGGCUUGAAAAGAAUGGAGAUGUAUCAACAUUGGAUGAAUUGACUGAACGUAAAAAUAGUAUUAAAAUUUUAGAAGUUCCUAUUUCAGAAAGAAGAGCUGAUGCUCGUGAGCGAUCUAUUAAGGUUGAUGAGUUAAGAAGACGAAUACAGGGUUUUAUGCACUUUUUAAAUGGGCUUCCUAUUGAGAAAAUGAAAGAAUCAUCAGAUACCUCUACUGAUGAUGCAAAAUUGGCCUAUGAAAAGAUUUUAAGUAAAGCUGGUUAUGGCUCAGAUACAAAAGGAAAUAUGCAUGAUGUUGUAGAACCUGGCUUUAGAGUUGAAGAUGUUGAAACUUAUAGAAAAAAUGUUAUGAAAAUUGAAGAAUGGCUUAAUGAAAGUGUAACAGCCCAAGAUAUCUUAAAACCUUGGGAAAAUCCUGUUCUUAAAGUUAAAGAUAUAAUGCUAAAAAUAUGGGAAUUGGAACAAACUAAAGAAAAUAUUCGUGUUAUGGAACAGGUCUAUUUAAGAUCUCGGAAAUAUUUUAAAAAAAAUUAUACGAAUGCAAAACCAUCUGUUAAUGAAUCUGACCCUUCUGUUUCCACACAGCAAAAUGUUACAUUGGAGUUACCCAUAAACACUACUCUUGCAGAGUCUGUUAUACAUACUGAUCUUUGA